AUGGCCACCUUCAACGCCUCCGAGGUCAACCUCCACACAGCCAGCCAGGCAGAUGUGCUCUGCUACUACGCCAUCUCCGACAAUGACUACAACGGGCACCUCGGAGCCCGCAUCUCCUCCAUCUUUGUCAUCCUCUUCGUCUCCACCGCAUUCACUUUCUUCCCCGUCGUUUCCAAGAGCCUUCCCAGCUGGAAAAUCCCACACAGCGUGUACAUCUUCGCGCGGUACUUCGGAACAGGCGUUAUCCUAGCCACAGCAUUCAUCCACCUCCUCGAUCCAGCCUACAAGCGCAUCGGGCCGAAGACCUGCGUCGGGGUGUCGGGGUACUGGGGCGAGUACUCGUGGUGUGCGGCGAUUGUGCUUGCCGCCGUGGUGGGGAUCUUCCUGCUUGAUCUCGCGGCUGAGGUGUACGUCGAGAGGAAGUACGGCAUCGAGCGCGAUGAGACUGCCACCACGGCCUUCAUCACGCAAGCUCCACGGACCGACGCAGCUCACACAACCGAGCUCGAGCAAGCUUCCAAAGAACCCGCCCAACACUCUACCACCCCGUCAUCAGACUCGAACUCCCAGACAGCCUCACGCGCCUUCUCGCAGCAAAUCGCCGCAUUCCUAAUCCUCGAAUUCGGCAUCAUCUUCCACUCCGUCAUAAUCGGCCUGAAUCUAGGCGUGACGGGCUCCGAAUUCGCGACCCUUUAUCCCGUCCUCGUCUUCCACCAGUCCUUCGAGGGCCUGGGGAUCGGCGCCAGACUGUCCGCGAUCCCCUUUCCAAAGCACAAACGAUCACUCUCGUAUAUACUGUGCUUGUUGUACGGUCUUACAACGCCCAUCUCCAUUGCGAUUGGCCUGGGCCUUAGGACAAGCUAUAAUCCCAAGAGCAAGGAGAGCUUGAUUAUCCAGGGUGUCUUCAAUGCGGUUUCGGCGGGGGUGUUGAUUUAUUCUGCGCUUGUGGAGUUGCUGGCACGAGACUUUCUGUUCGAUCCGCAGAGGACGAAGAAGAGGGCGCAGUUGGUCUAUAUGGUGUUUUGUGUGUUGCUUGGGGCGGGGAUUAUGUGCUUGAUUGGGAAGUGGGCGUGA